CUGGAGCUGGGGCGCUACCUUUGCGGUUGUCAGUUACCAUGGCUGCCCUUUUCUGCCCGGUUCCCUUUUUCUAACUUCCGGACUGUGGUUUAAGAUGGCCUUGCUGAGGCAUGUAUCUGGAAGAUAAAAAGGUGAGGAUCAUCCAAACUCCUGAGAAAUCUGUGACAUAGUAGUAGUAUGGGAUAAGAUCUGCCACUACCAGGUGGAAAUCAAGAGGUGGCGUUGAAGCUGACAAUGAAGAGAAUUUAAUGUGGAUGGACUGGACAGCCUCUGUGUGUUCCUUCCAACUCAGCUGUUUCUGAUGCUUGGAAGCUGUUCUUUCAGCCACAAAGAUGGUAAUAAAUCUUUGCCUCCCACAGUUCAGACCAAGAAUUCACUGCAAUAAGGUGUCAGCUGAUGGUUAUGAAGUAGAAAAUCUUAUCUCUGAAGACCUCACAAAGAGAAGCCAUGGCUUUAGGACAGAGUACUUCAUUAGACCUCCAAUCUAUGUGACAGUUUCCUUUCCCUUUAACGUAGAACUCUGUAGGAUUAAUAUAGACCUCACAGCGGGCGGAUGCCAGAAUGUCACUGGCCUGGAAUUAUACACAUCUGCCUUAUCUAACAGAGCUUCUCUGGGUUCACACGAGUGCUGGACUACAGACCCAAUGGAGCUGUCUGUCCCAGACAAAGAGGCAUUCACCUUGGUAGGCAAAGUCCUGCUGAAAAACCAGAACCACGUGGUGUUCAGCCACCGGGGCUUCAAGGCCAGGCCACCUUUUAGCCCAAUGGAAGUCACACUCCUCUCUCCUGCUGUUGUAGCCCAGGAGCUCUGGAAUAAAGGGGCUCUUUCCCUUAGCCAUGUGGCCCAUCUCAAGAUCGGAAUCACCCAUGUGACAGGCAGUGGCAUCUCUUGCAUAAAGCGUUUAGAGGUGUGGGGUCAGCCAGCCAAGACCUGCUCUCAGGAGGUAAUCAAUAGUGUCUUGUUGGUAGCAUCAGGAAGCCUGCCGAAGGACUUGGGUCUGCACACCCCAGCCUCGCCCAUGGAGAGUGACUGUGACUCUGGAGGUCAGUCUGAGGGCCAGCAGGCUCCCUGUCUCUUACAGGAGAUGGUUGAUGAUGUGCCUGAGGAGUUCCUAGAUCCGAUUACCCUGGAGAUCAUGCCACGCCCCAUGCUGCUGCCCUCAGGCAAGGUCAUUGACCAGAGCACUCUGGAGAAGUGUAACCUCAGUGAAGCUACUUGGGGCCGAGUGCCCAGUGACCCGUUCACAGGGUUAGCCUUUACCCCACAGUCCCACCCGCUACCUCAUCCGUCCCUGAAGGCCCGGAUCGACCGUUUCCUACUCCAGCACCCUAUUUCUGGCUGCCAUCUGCUUGGGAGAGCACAAACUACAUCAGCAAUGACCCCUUCUGUCAUUACCCUGCCCUCAAGGAAAAGGAAGCAGGAGCAGGCUGAACACAGCCUUGGCAUGAAUGCCACUUCCUCUCCCACAAGCCCUCUGCUCUCACCCACUACCUCAGAGCCCACUGCUAAGAAGAUGAAAGCCCCCAGUGAACUCGGCCUGACGGAUAUGGACUGUUCAGCAGGUCCAGUGUCCCAUGAGCAGAAGCUGUCGCAGAGUUUGGAAAUCGCCUUGACUUCCACCCUUGGCUCUAUGCCUUCCUUUACUGCUCGUCUCUCCAAGGGGCAGCUCCAGCAGCUGGGCACAAGAGGGAGCAGUACUGCCAGGAGGCCAGACACCAGCUACGAGCACCCCAGGAGUGUCUGUGGUCCAGCAUGUGCCUCCUGCAAAAGAGCGUUUUCCUCCUACUGCACGAAGGAGCCUGUGUACCAGCUGCAUUGUGGCCACCUCCUGUGCCGACCCUGCCUGAGUGAGCAGCAGCGCUCCCAGCCCAUGAUGUGUGCAGCCUGCCAGCAGCCAGUCGCCAGCCAGGAUGUGCUGCGGGUCCAUUUUUGAGGGACCAGCCUCAACUGAAGAAGCCCCAUUUUGUGCGAGACCUGCAGGUGAAGGAAGCAAGAGCAGGAUCCCAGUGGCCCUAUUCUCUCCUGGGUUUUAGCACCUCAUGGUGUAUUACGGGGGCUGGGUCAGGACACCCCCUCCUGCUUAGACAACACAGGAUAAUAAAGCCAUAGGCUGGGCUGGGGGGAAAUCCCUGUUCUCCCUGGCCUACCUUGCCACUCUCCAACCAGAGCCAGACUGUUCAGCAACACUACCCCGGUACCAUGGUGUCUGUAUCAGUUUCUCUGUGUAACAGCCCUGGCUGUCCUGGAACUUGCUCUGUAGACCAGGCUGACCUCAAACUCACAGAGAUUCACCUGCCUCUGCCUUCCAAGUGCUGAGAUUAAACGUGUGCACCACCACCACCUGGCUGCACGCAACCUUCUGAUGGAGUUUUGUGGAUGGCGCUCAGUAGACUGUGACUUGGGACCUCAUACAGCCUUCUCUGCCUCAGGGUCACGCAGAAGCAGACCAUGGUAGGGCACAUGACUUAGCCAUGUGUACCCCCCUCCCCUGCAGACACUUGGAGCCUUAAUAAAAUGGCAGUUGACAUUCACUGAGGCUUCCUCCUGGCACACGGGACAGGACAGCCAUGUGCAGUUGCUGCCAGCUGUCAGGCAGUGGUUUAGAUCUGUCUGGCAUGGGUGUGUCAGUGCCAGGGGAGGGGCAGUGGCUUCUAUCAGGCCAGGUGCCAGAAUGUGUCUGGUUGCUCCUGGAGCCACUCUCUGAAGGAGAUUCCUGUUCUCUAUGUAGCCCAUUGCAGGAAGAUACUGGUUUAUAGGCCACGUUUUUAACAAAUUGUGCGUAUGCGCAUGGGCACGUGGGUGCCAUGGUGUGCCUGUAGAUGUCAGGACAGUUCAGGAGUUGGCUCACUCCCCAGCCUAUGUGGUCGCGGGGCUGAAAUUCAGGUCAUUAGCGCUGUGGCAGUCUCCUCUACUCUCUGAACCACCUCUUUGGCUCCUGAGGGUACAUUUUUCCCCCCAUUUAAAAUGAAACCUUAUGGAGUCCCAAAGAAAACAAGGAUUUCAUACAGGUUUGUUCACUGUCAAGAGCUUCCAGCUUAGAAGGAUAUUUAUGCAGGUCACCAACACUGUCCCCAACCCCUUGCAGGCAUGCUCCACCUUGUCUUUGAGAUAAAUCACAGCCCCUUGAACCACAUGUUCUUCGUUCCUACAGGUGGCCCAGAGCUCAGUCCUGAGGUUUAGGGAAUCUGCUUUCAGAGUUCCCGGGGGACUUUUCCACGGAGGUGGCCAGUAGGGGAUUGUCACCUCCGUUCUCCUACACACCACACCACCAGUGCCUGCUGUGCUGCCCCUUCGUGUGAGACACCAGGGUCUGCACGGACAGGCCCCCUGCACAUCGCCACUCCACGUCUGAGCUGCCCUGCCAUGUGUUCGUCCUUAGCCGCACAACUGCAGAGGGCAUGGCUUGGGGCAAGAACCUCUCCACAACCUCUCAUGGUCUCUGGAGUAGCCCACUUCUCACUCAGCCUUUACCCCUCAGUGUGAGUGUUGGGAGCUAUGUCUGCCCCCAACUCCCAAGAGCCCCCAAAGAACUCUGCAGCUCUACCAGAGGUGCCUGUCCUGCUCUGUUGGACAAGGUCUGAAAGCCUUUGGGGUGGGCAGGACCUAGCCUGAGUCCAGUGGGGAAUCAUCCCAUACCCUUAAUAUGAUUAAGCUUUUCUCUUCAAGAUCUGACCCCCACCCCCACCCUUGCCAGCACCACAGAGCUCUGGUUUUCUUUCCUAGAAUGCAAGAAUGAAAGCCUGGUGUAGUGCAAGCGUAAAGGCCAGCCUGGGCUUUAUAGCAAACACUGUCUCAAAGACACAAAAAUAAAAAGAAAUACGUGAUUUG